CUUCGACAAAUGAGCACUUCUCUCCAAUUUCGCGUUGGCCCUCUCGCACUGCAAGCAGACACGUGAGCCAAGGGAACAAGCAUCUCCCACGUUGUCUGCCAGCGAAAGCACACAGACCAACCCCCCCCCCCAACACUCCCAACACACACACACAUCAUCGCCGCCAUGUCGAUGACAGUGCUGUACGAGUCUGCGGUGGGCUUUGCCCUCUUCGACGUCGUGGAGACCGAGGAGAUUGGCAUCAGCCUCCCCUCCGUCCAGGAUGCCGUCAACGACCUCUCCAAGUUUGGCAAAGUCGUCAAGUUCAAGGCCAUCCAGCCAUUCCGAUCAGCACAGGAAGCGUUGGAGAGCAUCAACGCCGUGAGUGAGGGUGAAGUCCCCGACCUUCUGCAGGACUUCCUCGAGACCAACGUCCUGCAAGCCCAGUCCAAGAAGAAGUCGAAGAUGGUCCUCGGUGUUGCCGACUCAAAGCUUGGCCAAUCGAUUGCACAGGCUGUCGGCUGCAAAUGCGACCACACUGGCGUCGUGCCCGAGCUUCUCCGUGGCAUCCGCCUCCACUUCACCAAGCUGUACCCCAAGCUCUCCGAAGUUGGCCUGGACAAGGCCCAGCUUGGUCUCGGUCACAGCUACUCCCGUGCCAAGGUGAAAUUCAACGUGCACCGCGUGGACAACAUGAUCAUCCAGGCCAUUGCCCUCCUGGAUCAGCUUGACAAGGACAUCAACACAUUCGGCAUGCGCGUUCGCGAGUGGUACGGCUACCACUUUCCGGAGCUGUCCAAGAUUGUGACGGAGAACAUCAUUGUUGCGCGCCUUGCCAAGAUGAUUGGUCGCCGCUCCUCCCUCACAGAGGACAGCCUGGAGAAGAUUGAGGAGAUCACCAUGGACUCGGCAAAGGCCGAGCAGAUUAUGGCUGCGGCCAAGUCGUCCAUGGGUAUGGAGAUUUCCGACAUUGAUCUUGAGCACGUGGAGUCGUUUGCAAAUCGAGUCAUCUCCCUCGCCGAGUACCGCGCCAGCCUGCAGGAGUACCUCCGCUCAAAGAUGGCCUCCUGUGCUCCAAACCUUGCAAACCUCAUUGGCGAACAGGUUGGCGCUCGCCUCAUCUCCCACGCGGGCUCCCUGACCAACCUUGCUAAGUACCCGGCCUCCACCGUCCAGAUUCUUGGCGCCGAGAAGGCUCUCUUCAGGGCCCUCAAGACCAAGGGCAACACUCCCAAGUACGGCUUCCUCUACAACUCUUCCUUCAUCUCCCGCGCUGGCGCCAAGAACAAGGGCCGCAUCUCCAGGUAUCUGGCGAACAAGUGCUCGAUUGCGGCGCGAAUUGACUGCUUCUCGGACACGAUGACGGGCAAGUUUGGCGAUGAGAUGCGCUCGCAGGUGGAGGAGCGCCUCCAGUUUUACGAGUCUGGCGACCCCCCGCGCAAGAACAUCGACGUCAUGCACAAGGUGAUGGAGACACUGCAAGGGGAGGAGAGCGCUGCUGAGGAGGAGCCCAAGGAUAUGGAUGUCGAUGCCAAGACGCCGGAGAAGAAGAAGAAGGAGAAGAAGAAGAAGGCCAAGCGUACCGCUGCUGAGGCUGACGCAGACGAGGAGGAGGAGACUGUGGCGAAGACACCAAAGUCAGACAAGAAGAAGAAGAAGAAGAAGUCCAAGGACAAGGACGCCGAGACGCCAAAGUCUGCAAAGAAGGACAAGAAGAAGAAGAAGCGAAAGAGCGAGGCCUAAUAACCGUUUUCCGUUGUUUGUUGCCUUGGUUUGUUGCCUGUGUUUGGGAUCUGUCCCCCUCUGCUUCGUGUCCCUGUGCUGUGCUGUGUGUGUGUGUGUGUGUGUGUGUUCCUGUGUGGGCUUGAUGCGGGUGGACUGUAAUCGAUGAUUUGCCUGCAUGUGUGUGUUUG